AAACAGAAAAAAUUCGGCCUGUAGUGGUUUCUGGUCCAUCUGGAUCGGGUAAAUCCACACUAUUGAAACGUCUUUUUCAAGACUAUCCAAAUAAAUUCGGUUUCAAUACUACACGAUCACCUCGUCCUAAUGAAAAAAACGGCGUUCACUAUAACUUUGUAUCACGUGAACUGUUUGAAGAACUUAUUAAACAGAAUAAAUUUAUAGAAUACACUGAAUUCUCGAAUAAUUUAUAUGGAACAAGCAUCGACGCUGUUCGUGCUGUUGCUGAUGAAGGAAAAUGUUGUAUUCUGGACAUAGAAUUACAGGGUGUUAAAUCUGUAAAAAAAACAGAUCUUAACGCACAAGCGAUACAAGCACGUCUUAAAGCUGCAAAAGAAGAAUUGGCUUACUCUGCGGAAGAGAGUUCACAUGAUAUAAUUAUUGUGAAUGAUAAUUUGGAUAUAGCAUAUGAACAGUUUCGAAAUUUCAUUGUCGAUAGUUAA